AUGGCAACUUCACCAACUUCACCAAUUUCAUCAAUUUCACCAAUUUCACCAAGAGAAAGUAAAAGAAACAUAGUUAUUAUAGGUGGAGGAAUCAUUGGUUGUACAUCUGCCUAUUAUCUCACUCGCCACCCCUCAUAUGACCCCUCUACAACCAAAAUCACCAUCGUCGAAGCACAAUCCAUCGCAUCAGCAGCAUCCGGGAAAGCAGGUGGACUACUUGCACUAUGGGCACGACCAUCAUGUAUCGUUCCUCUCUCCUAUAAACUGCAUGCCGAACUUGCCAAGGAACAUGAUGGCGCCAAACGAUGGGGAUAUCGAACAUUACAUUGUGGUUCCAUAGGAGCCACAGCUCGAUUGAUAUCCGAAGCUGAUCCUAAAGACUCCACGGAAAAUGGAGGAGAGGCUUGGAAAAAGUUGCCGAAAACGGAUAUGAAGAAACAGAAGAAAUAUGCGGGCGAAGAUAUUCCUAAGGAUUUGGAUUGGUUCGAGACGGAUAACAUAAAAUGGUAUUGGGAAAUGGGAACACCAGAUACGACGGCACAAGUACAUCCAUAUCAAUUCACGACCUCAAUGGCAGAUUUGGCCGUGGAAAAAGGAGUAGAAAUUGUUUAUGGUACGGUCACUGCGAUUGAUUAUACGGGGAAUAGUGUAAAGGGUGUUACGUAUGAAGAUAAAGAGACGAGACAUAUUCACACGUUACAUGCGCAUGAUGUUAUAUUAUCUGCGGGACCAUGGACAAGUCACGUAUGGCCCGAAGCACCCAUUACGUCUCAAAGAGCACAUAGUGUAGUGGUGGAAGCGGCAGUUUCUCCAUGGGCAGUCUUUACGGAAAUUGAUUUACCAAAGGGAUUUGGAAGGAAGGGAGAAAAUGGAGCGAAGAAGAGAAAACAUGAUAAGAUGGUUAAUCCGGAGAUGUAUGCUAGACCCGAUGGGACAGUCUAUGCUUGCGGUUUGUAUUCCUCUCCUCUUAAAGUAUCCAUGCUAACAAAUAAACGUAAAGGCGAAGGCGACGAGCGAGUACCUCUCCCCCGAUCCUCAAACCUAGUUGUAUGCGACGAAUCGAGCUGCAACGAUAUACUAGACUACAUAGGAUCCAUAUCAGACCCCAUGCGCAACGGCAAAGUCAUAACUAAACAAGCAUGUUAUCUGCCCCUAGCACGUAAUGGCAGAGGUCCACUUAUUGGUCACACGGGUAUUAGAGGUCUUUUCUUAGCUGCGGGUCAUACGUGUUGGGGUGUACAAAAUAGUUGUGCGACGGGAAAAUUGAUGAGUGAGUUUUUGUUUGAGGGGGAGGCGAAGAGUGCGGAUGUGCAUACGUUGGAUCCGAGGAGGGCGUUGGAUGAUGAUGAGGAUUGA